AUGGAGUCGGUCUCGCGAAUUUCAGCGCUACUCGAGUCAACUCGCGAUUUGACCGUUGAUGCAGCAUCAUCGAUAGGCUCUGGUAGAACGAUCAAUUCGCGACCCUCUCAGAGAGACUUAUCAUCCGCUCAAGUCAGCAAGUUGCUGGGCAGCCGGAGUGACAGAGAAGUCCUAGAAGGUCUGAGAACAGUCAUAAGUAUGAUGUACCGCUCGAGAUCCUGCUUGCCUUUCUUCUCUGCUGUUGUUAAAAAUGUUGCGAGUCCAAACUUAGAGAUCAAAAAGCUCGUAUACAUCUACUUGUUGCAUCACGCCGAAUCGGAACCUGAUCUAGCACUGCUGUCUAUCAACACCAUUCACAAGUCUCUGUCCGACCAAAACCCUCAGUUGCGCUCUUUAGCCCUACGUGUUAUCUCUGGCAUCAGAGUACCGGUCAUCAGUCAGAUUGUGUCGCUAGCUAUCAAACGCGGAAUAGCCGAUAUGAGUCCGUACGUUCGCAAAGCGGCCGCCUUAGCCAUCCCAAAAUGCUACAAGUUAGACCCAAGCACACUACCACAGCUUCUGGACUAUCUUUCUGUCUUGCUUGGUGAUCGACAAUAUUAUGUUGUAGGUCCUGCUGUCACCGCCUUCCUGGAGCUUUGCCCUGAAAGAAUAGAUUUGAUUCACAAGCACUAUCGGCCGCUCGUGCACAAGCUUGUGGACAUGGAUGAAUGGGGCCAAUUGGCGACACUACGCUUGCUGACUUCCUACGCGCGACGAUGCUUUCCGAAAAAGACAAGACGACGAAAAACAAAGGAGUCUCAGGGUUUCUAUGAAGAUGAGGGCAACGCCGAGGCUGAGGGAGAAGCCGAGGAUACUUCUUUGUGGGAGGAAUACAGGGUACUUGAUCCUGAUUUGGAGCUAUUGAUCAAAGCAUGCAAGCCGCUUCUAUCCAGUCGCAACUCGGCUGUCAUCGUGGCAGCCGCUAGAUGUCUACUCUAUCUAGGCACACCAGAGGAUCUUGAUGCCACUAUCGGACCACUAAUUGCUUUGCUCCGAAGUCCGCGUGAUAUACAGCUAGUUGCAAUGUAUAACAUUGUAGCCUUUUGCCUUGUUCGAGCCCAGUCUUUCGUCCGCUAUGCUUCUCACUUUUUGAUACACACGACGGACGUACUCGACUUGGUACGAUUGAAGUUCGAGGUCCUGACGCUCAUCUUUCCUCUAUGUGAAAGACAAACAAGGGAACUUAUAUUGAGCGAGUUUGAGCAUUUUACAAGGUCAAGUGACGCUGAAGUUGUUCAAGAAAGCGUCAGGGCCAUCGGUCGAUGUGCUCGAAAUGAUAAAGCAGCUUCAACGCGAUGUCUACACUUGCUUCUACUUCAGCUUUCGAGUCGAGACGGUAAUCUUGUCGCCGAGUCUCUGAACGUCAUACGCCACCUUAUUCAGCAAGAACCUCAGGCUCACGUCAAGACUGUGAUCCGCCUAGCAAAAAACCUUGAUAUAAUUACGAACCCACGAGCCCGCGCAACGAUUAUCUGGCUUGUCGGCGAAAAUGCAGGACUCCCCGAAAAAGAGAACAUUGCUCCAGACGUUCUACGCAUUUUGGCCAAAGACUUUGCAAACGAAGCUGAGGAUGCGAAAAUGCAAAUUGUGCUGCUAGCUGCGAAAGUCUAUCUUCACUACUUAAUCAGAUCUACGUUUGACCGCACCAAUGACUCAGCACAAGAAUCAACAGAGGACUCUUCGCCUAUCAAAGAGUCCGUGCCGAAAGAUGAUAUGGCCAAUGCAUGGAUAAACGAAGCACAGUCAACCGCAGAGCAGGAUGAUCAUCCGAUACCGAAAUUGUGGCAUUAUAUAGUUCGUCUCACCCGCUACGAUACCUCCUAUGAUCUGCGAGACCGAGCACGCAUGUAUAUGGCCCUCCUUGCCAAUACUGAGUCCACUCAGUUGGCCACACUGCUCCUGCUGGCUCCUAAACCUGUACCCUACGAGCCAUCGCCCUCUGAGAAUCGCGCAGGCCUACAAAUCGGCUCUAGCAGUCUCGUCAUUGGCAAUACCGACAUGAAUGGAUACGAAGACCUUCCAGAAUGGGUCAAAGAAGGAGAAGAGCCUGACCCCCAGCUGCGUGAGGAGCCGGCUGGAGACGCAGGGACUGGCAAGACGACCUUCAGCAGCCAGCGAGAUAUACCUGCUGCCACAGAGCUAGAUCGGGCUGUGAAAGAGAAGGGGUUGGGGAAGCUCGCCGCGGCGGCGGCGAAGGAUAAAUCACUAGAUGAAUGGUUGAACGAGGAGAGUGAAACAGAAGAUGGAAGCAGCGAGGGUGAGACCGAGACGGAAGAAGAGAGCGCAGAUGAAUACGAAACGGAAAGUGAGAGCGGUGAUGAGGGUGAAGAAGAAAGGCUUGUUCAAAGGUGA